CGAGAAUGGAGCAGUGGUAUCAGGUUGUGAAGAGAUCUGGCUGAGGUGCGAAUAAGAAGACGGAGUCGAGCCUCAAGAGAGAGGAAUGAGGCUGGAAGCAACGGCUGAGGCUGAAGGCAUGAACCCAACAUGCGUCCGUGUCGCUCCUCCUGCCCCGACUGAUCCCCCAGACGUCCUCAGACAAUCAGCUUCUAAAAUAGGCGUUCCAACGAGAAGGUCAGCGGAGUCAUCGAAGCAUCCAUCGGAGGCUGAAGGAGAUGGGGAAAGCGGCGCUCGGCUCUCAGAUAUUCCCACCACCGCCUCGACACCGGUCUCCACCCCUGCAGUGGACGGCCGAGUUUCAGUUGACGCGGGAGGUGCUCUGCUGCAGGGUGAUCUGUGGGGCUUUCUGGAGCUGGAGAUUGGCUGUAUGACCUUUCCGCUGACGGACUAUCCCCGGAGGCAUUUCCUUGUCGUCAUCGGCCUCGUCCUGAUCUAUGCAGUUUACUGGUCGGGGGGCCUCAUCCACCUUAUCCUUGCCAGUUCCCUCGGGGACGAAUACUCAUUCGCGGUGCUUGUGAUUCCAAUUGCAGCACCGUCGUCUGCGAUGGCCCUCGUUGGAUUGGGAAGUCUCUGCGCAUCGCCUUUUUGGUGCCUCACUCGAUGCGUCAUAUACUUAUCGAUCUUUCUCACCAUUUUCCUAUCCUGGAUCAUGUUGUUAAGCGUGGUGGGUCUUUUCAAGCUCGACACUCUCGACUUCGUAGUUACUUCCGCUCCCGACAGCCUCGGCUGGCGCGUUGGCACAAUGACGUGGGUGGCCGGUGCGGUGCUUCUGCAGUUCACCCUGUUCAUCGUCGUCUCGGAGCCUCGAGUCGUCCGUGCAUCGGCCACACCGACGGGUGGAAGGAAACUGGACGUCGACUACGACCGAAUCUCAUGCUGCGGCCGUCGGGCAAGGUGGAAACCGUCGGCGACGGCCGAGCGGAUAGCCAAGGCGCGGCAAACAGAGCCCUUUCUGUACCGAUCGGUGGUCAAUCGGUGGCUCAAGUGGAUGGAUUAUCUUACGUUCAUUCGCUUGUACAAAAUGCUGGCCGUUGUCGCGAUGGCCACCGACUUUAUGACUGACGCGGCGGUGGGAGUGGAAUUCAUCACCUGGUCGACGGAGGACAGUCACGAAAGAGACGCGCAAGGCUUAGAAGGAGAAGCUCAGCGCAUCCGAGCUGUCGGCUUUGUCAUCCUUGGGCUAUCGUUGGGUGACGUCGUGUCGGUCUUUAUUCACUAUGUCAUCCGCGGCACUCCAUCGCUAUGGCAACACCUCUGCAUCGUAGCCUUCGCCCUGCUGGAAGUGCCCAUCUUGGUGCUGACGAUUGUGUGGGCGACGGAGGGUAUCAAUUUGGCACUGGUCAUUGUGUCUGUCUUCUUUACUUCUAUAACGAUUCUUUAUCGAGUCGGGUCGUUCGCAUGGAGCAUGUAUAUGCGGCACAGAGACGAAAUGUCGAAAAAUGAUCAAUGAGGUGAGAAAACAAGGGCAAGGGGGGACUGAGAGACAGAUCUCUGUAGAAUGUGUCAUCUUGCUCAUGUGUGAUGUCAGCGAAAGCCAUCAGUGGUGUGAUGGCGCACUCUUUACAUAUGGAGGUAUUUUCUUCGUGUCCCAGUCAAUCGUCCUUUUAUGCCAUGAGAUGCAGCGUACGGUAUGGACGUAGGUUAGGUGUGUUCGGUUGAGUUUUUUUUGUAGUCCAACAGUGUGUAGUUCCAUGCCCUUCAGCUGGUUUUAGACGUGCUGUCACAUUCUUGCUGCUGUGGAUCGAUACUGUGUUCCUGGACCGACGGGGCGUUACGGAUCUUUCGCAUACACUCUGUGCAACCUCAAUCUGUUAC